GCCGCGGGGUCCUCUCACUUGUACACAACAACAUGGCGGCGGCCUUGUGCAGAGCCAAACACAGGCUGAAACCUAUUUGUCAUUUCGCUUUUCACUUGCCACGAAGAAGUUUAACAGGAAAGUUUGAUUACGACCUGGUGGUUAUCGGAGGUGGAUCUGGAGGCUUGGCGUGCUCGAAAGAAGCCGCUCAGUUGGGACAGAAUGUGGCGGUUCUGGAUUACGUCGAGCCAUCAGUGAGAGGCACUAAAUGGGGUCUCGGUGGAACGUGUGUAAAUGUCGGGUGUAUUCCUAAGAAGCUCAUGCACCGGGCUGCUCUGCUCGGCUCGGCGCUCAAAAGCGACUCGGAGAAAUACGGCUGGCAAAUCGGCGGCCCCGUAACACACGACUGGGUGACUAUGGCAGGAGCUGUGCAGAAUUAUGUAAGAUCCCUGAACUGGGGUCACAGGGUUCAGUUGCAGGACAAGAAAGUGAAAUAUCUGAACAUGAAAGGAAGCCUGCUGGACCAGCACACCAUCCGAGGAUUAAACGCCAAGGGAAAGGAGAUGACUGUGACGGCCAGGAACAUAGUGAUAGCCACCGGCGGCCGUCCAAAAUACCCCACGCAUGUCCCGGGAGCGAGAGAGCACGGCAUCACCAGCGACGAUCUCUUCUGGCUGACGGAGUCUCCGGGAAAAACGCUAGUCGUCGGUGCCAGCUAUGUGGCUUUGGAGUGUGCUGGAUUUCUGACUGGUAUCGGCCUGGACACCACCGUGAUGGUGCGUAGCAUCGCCCUCCGUGGAUUUGAUCAGCAAAUGGCGCGUUUGGUGACGGACCACAUGGAGGCUGACGGGACACGUUUCUGCUGGGGAUGCGUUCCUAAGAAGGUGGAGAAACUUCCAUCAGGACUCCUACAGGUCACCUGGUCUGAUAGUCAGAGCCAGGAGGAACAUCAGGAGGUGUUCAGCUCAGUGCUGUGGGCCGUAGGUCGAGCUCCUGAAAGCAGAGCACUGAACCUGCAGCACGCCGGCGUUCAGCUCGAUGCAAACACGGGAAAAAUCAUCGUUGCUGAUGAUGAGAGAACAUCUGUGCCCAAUGUUUACGCCAUCGGAGACAUUGCACAGGGUCGUCCUGAGCUCACCCCUACGGCCAUCAAAGCGGGGAAACUCUUGGCUCGGCGAUUAGCCGGUCACUCCGACCAUCUCAUGAACUACGACAAUGUGCCUACCACAGUGUUUACUCCUCUAGAGUACGGAUGUGUCGGUUUAUCUGAAGAAGAAGCUGAGAGAAGAUACGGCAAUGACAGAAUAGAGGUGUAUCACGCCUUCUACAAACCUCUGGAGUUCAGCGUCGCCGAAAGAGACGCCAGCCAGUGCUACAUCAAGGUGGUGUGUGAGCGAGAAGAGCCCCAGCGAGUGUUAGGGCUUCACUUCACCGGCCCCAGUGCUGGAGAAGUCACGCAAGGCUUCGCUCUCGGCUUCCAGUGCGGGUUUACGUACUCUCAGCUGUGCGACACGGUCGGUAUCCACCCCACCUGCGCCGAGGAGCUCACCAAACUCCACAUCACCAAGCGUUCGGGUCUGGACGCCACGGUGACCGGCUGCUGAGGUUAAACACCCCUCCCUUACCCUAAAUACACUGAACACACACACACCCUGUGAUUUCUCAAUCAAGCUGUAAAGCUCAGGUUCGUCUCACCUGCGGCCUGUCAUGACCUUUGACCUCCGUAGUCUCCAAGAGCGCUGUUUCAGUCAUUUAACUUUGGGUUCCUGAACGUAAAACAUUUCUAUAGACAGAUAUUGAAAUUACACCUUGAGUUGUGAUAUCUAUUCUGGACCUUGCCGUCAUUUGUGUCCCUUAAUUCAUUCGACACGUCUAGAGAGCAAGAUUAACCAAAAAAAACAGGCUCAUAAAUCAGGAUUAAGGCACACCGAGAUGAGAGUCGCAGGAGAACGGAGCAGCCGGGCGUUUUUUUUAAAAACAUAUUCACCGAAAUAUUGUUGUUUCUCCGGCUGUACUUCCUGUCCAUUACUCAUUCCCCGUAGCUGACACUGAUGGAUGGGCUCGGUCUGUCGCCACGGCGAUACUCCACGGUUCCCAGGGAAGCGGACAAACACGGGCCGAGCAGCGUGUCAGUCAAACCCCGGGUCGAGAGAGAGAGCUUGUUUAAAACUUUUCUUUCUUUUUUUUCCAAAAAAAACUACAGAGGUAACACAAACAACACAUACACAUGCUCUUUACUUCUCUCUGCAGCAACCUGAUCACCAGAGAUAAAGGGUGUUUUUAGAAAUGCCCUUGGACGCCUGAAGGGGGCAGUGUUCACCUCCUUUUUUUAUUGUUUUUGGAGUGACACCUUGGAGAUUAACCUUGGUUAAUCUUAGCUUUAGCUAAAAUGCUGAUAAGUGUCCUUUUAUUUUAUACUCAAAGAAACAUUAGCAUAUAUUUCUGUAAAAUUUUCUUUUUUCUAAAGUUUUGACUAGUUUAUAUAGUAGGAAUUACAUUUAUUCAUUUAUCUUCUAUAGCACUUAUCCUAUAUACAGGAUCGUGGGGGGCCUGGAGCCUAUCCUAGGAGACUUUGGGCAUGAGCCGCGGUACACCCUGGCACGCACACACACACACACACACACACACACACACACACACACAGGGACCCGAGGCGGUAAUUGAACCCUUGACCCUGGAGGUGCGAGGCCACAGUGCUAGCCACUACGCUACCGUGCCAUCUAUAGGAAUAACAAAUGAAACAAAUUAUAAAAAAUUAGUUCAUCUAUUACUCAAAUCUUGUGUAUUUCUAUCAUGCCACAAUUUUAAUUUAAAAAAGAAAAAAAAAGUUAAGUUCAGAAUUACAAAACCAGCAUUCUGUAUUUAAUUAUUUACUUAUUUAGUGUCAAAUUUCUUCCAAAUGAAUGCUCUUAAGAAUAGCUUCCUAACGCUGAUUGGUGUUAUCAGAGGGACAAACACUUGGUAAAAAGGCUGCCUAUCAAGGGACCCUCCUCCCAAAUGGAACAAGAUUUCAUAUUGUAAUAUUAGUGAUUAGGAACAAUCUGUUGAAUUAAAAACUUUUAUUAUAGAAACAUUAGAAACCACUAAGACUCUCGAACCUCUCCUAAUGAUUCACCUUAGCAAGGUUCAUUUCAAUCCCAUUAGAUGAAGCUAACUAAAAAAAAAAAAAUCCCUUUCACUAGUUCACCUACGGCUAGCUCCAGAUGAAUUCAUGCCCCGUCCAAACCCUCACCUCGUCUUUGAACCCUGAGUUAUAGACUCCAUUUUGUUCCCCUUGUUAGAAAUACACUCAGGAAAGGUUGUGAGUGUUUUUUUUUUUUUUCCACCCCAACAGAGAAGGUUUGUUUUUGUCUGAUGUGCCUCAGCUCUCUGAUUAAUGAGGCUCGGAGUGUGUGUGACAGGCCGCUGUGGAGAACGAGACGGAGACGAGCAGCGCUACCAGGUUUAUUUGGACCUGAGGAGGGAGCGAGGGGUUCUGUGUUCAUGUUUUUAAGGGAACAGGGGGGUGCUGACUGAGGAAUCCUGACCCUAGUACACUACCACUAACAAUAACAGCUUAGCCAUUGCUACACACACACACACACACACACUCUUAUAGGGGAUGUGGCAGGAUUGGGACUGGAGUGGAGUUUAUGACUUUACUGGAGCCUAGAAGAGAAAAUUUGUUUAAGUGAAUUUCACAAUUUGUCCAAAUGUCCAGAUGUUAUAUUUCCAUAUUAUCCUGAUGUCCGCAGUACGGUAUUAUCCUGGUUGUAGUUGCGUAACAUUCCGGAGACUGUUGAAAGCUCCCGUGUCUCUCUAAAGAUAAGGCACUUUGUAGGAUCGUCAUAUCAUCAUAACUUUUACGCAUUAUAAUGUUUGUUUAGCUACAAAGCUAAAGCACUAGACCAACAUUCCAUAAAUCAGAUCAGCUUGCAUGAUGACUAUCUGUUUACCGAUACCUGACUACAGACACACAAGCUUGUUAAGUGCAAAAAGAUUUGAGCUGUUUCACGUUUAAAGGAUGUUCUAGGAUGUAAAACAUGCAAGUUAUUGUAAAAUAUCCAGAAAAGGAAAAAAUGAUUUUCUCCCCCAUCUUGAUGUUGUCGUGAGGGGAAACAAACUUUUGCACUCGGUUGUAAAAUGUAACAAUAAGUGAUCUUGCAGCUUAUGCGAACAUGACACUGAAAUAUCUUUUUAUUAUUAUUAUCAUUUUUCAACCUCCAGUCUCACAGUUCCUGUCCCUUGACUGACACACACACACACACACACACACACACACUCUGAGGGUCAGGGUUGAGCUUGUCAGGGGAGGCCGGUUAAUGAGGACCUGCACUAAAAGCCCUAAGAGGAGCGGGCAGGUCUGAUGUGCUCCGGCGUUCCCGCUCUGCGUGUGUGUGAAUAGAGGACGCUCAUCUGAUAUAAAGCUUUGUAACUGUAUAAUUUAUGUGUAAAGUAAUAAAUGAUGAGAGAGUA